AUGGCUGUAUGCUUCUGCCUCGAAGCAGGCCUCGUGUACAAGGUCGACACGACCCACAGCAAGGCAGCGGGAGGGGCGGCAACUGCGUUUCUCUUUGUGUAUCUCGGUCUCUUUACUAUUGGCUUCCAGGCAGUUGUCUGGGUCUACCCCUCCGAAAUCCUUCCGCUUCGUCUCCGCCAGAAGGGUUCGUCAAUUUCUACGGCCUGCAACUGGAUCACCAACUAUGCGGUUGUCCAAAUUACGCCCAUUGCUCUGAAGAAGAUUCACUACAAAUUCUACAUUGUCUUCGCAGUCAUCAACGCCGCCUUCCUCCCUCCCAUUUACUUCUUCUACCCCGAGACCAAGGGUAUGAAUUUCGAGGAUGUCGACCGGCUGUUCGCGGGCAACAACGUCCGGGCAUUCGAGCACGAUGCUGAAUCCAAGCACACCGACACACAGGUGCAAGAGGCGUAA